AUGCCAUGGGAUACUGACCUUGCUCAUCAGGGUCGACGAUCCGAUUCCAACGGCAAGAGGGGAGCCGUUGCAAGUGAAAGUUCGAUAUGUUCCCGGAUCGGGGUUGAUAUCAUCGGGAUAGGCGGCACUGCCGCUGAUGCCAUGGUGGCAACCACAUUAUGUGUGGGAACCAUCGGCAUGUACCAUUCUGGCAUUGGCGGCGGAGGGUUCAUGCUCGUCCGUGAUAAGCACGGCCGGUAUGAGACCAUCGAUUAUAGGGAGACGGCCCCCGCUGCCGCGAGCAGGGACAUGUAUGGUGGUGAUGAUCAAGCCAGCAUCAUUGGAGGGCUAGCCGUCGGCGUGCCUGGCGAGUUAAGGGGGCUGCAGUAUUUGCAUCGGAAGUACGGUGCGCUCCCGUGGAAGACUCUUGUCAUGCCUUCUGUGCGCAUUGCCCGCUAUGGUUUUCAAGUAACCGAGGACCUGGUGCGCUACAUGAAAUCGGCCAGUGUAAACGACACGUUCCUGGUCUCCGACCCAGUCUGGGCUGAGGAUUUCGCCCCUAAUGCCAAGUCCAUGAUAGACCACAUCCGAUUGAAGAACGGCACAAUGACGCUCGACGAUCUCAGAAACUACACAGUCGAGGUCAAACCUCCUCUUAGUAUCACCUACCGGGACUUUCGCCUAUUCGCUACUGAAGCCCCUAGCAGCGGCGCGGUAUUGCUGAGCAUGCUCAAGACGAUGGACCAAUACCCCGUUCAGGACCUGGCUGACAGCAACCUGACCACUCACCGCUUCGUCGAAGCCAUGAAGUUCGCCUACGGAGCGAGGCAACAGCUUGGUGACCCGGCCUUCAUCAGGCACAUGGAAACCUACCAGCAGCAGAUGCUCAGCGACGACCAAGCCCGCCAGAUCCGCCACCGCAUCCUCGACAACCAGACCCAGCCGGUGGAGGCCUACAACCCGGAGUCGGUAUACGCCGCCGAGAGCGAGGGAACCUCACAUAUCGUCACCGCCGACUCGUCCGGCCUGACCGUCACCUCCACAACCACCAUCAACCUGCUCUUUGGCGCCAGAAUCAUGACCCCUGACACUGGCAUCAUCUUGAACAACGAAAUGAACGACUUCUCCCUCCCCAACAAGAACAAUUCCUUCGGCUUCCCACCAUCCCCCUCCAAUUUCAUCUCCCCGCGCAAGCGGCCCCUGUCGUCCAUCACGCCCCUCAUCGUCGAGCACGCGUGCAACGGGACCCUCUUCUUCGCCACGGGCGCGGCGGGUGGGUCCCGCAUCAUCAGCGCCACGGCGCAGGCCGCGUGGCACGUCCUUGCCAGCGCAAAGUCGAUGCGCGACGCCAUUGCCGCCCCGCGCCUGCACCACCAGCUCAUGCCCGACGUGCUGCUCGUCGAGCAAGGGCUGGGCUUUGACAAUGCGACGUUUGCCGAUUUGAAGAGUAAAGGGCAUAAUGUGGAGUGGAUUGCGCCCGGGCUGAGCGCGGUGCAGGGUGUUAUGAGGUUCGGGGAUGGGAGGUUUGAUGCGGUCGGGGAGACGAGGCAGGUUAAUAGCGGGGGGUAUACGAUUUGA